GUAAUCGCUAUGGCUGGCUGAGGGACUAUCCUCGGAGUUCCCGGAAUACAACGAGAGAAAAUCAGGUUUGUGGGCAGGCCACGCAUGAGUGAUGGGUGAGAUUGAGGGGUCUUACCGCAUCCUGCCGACCCCAGGCACCCGCCUGGGGGCCCAGUACAAUGUGGGGAUCAGCACCCUGGAGCCAGGCCAGAGCCUCAACACUGCUCUGACCAGCAGCAACAAGGGCCAAUCAAAGGGGCUCCAAAUUCGUGUGCAGGGGCUGGACGAUGCUCAGGAGUUCUAUGACAUGGAGACCAAGGCUGACGGCCAAGCCCUCCUGUCCGAGGUGUUUAAGAGGUACAAUCUCAUUGAGAGCGACUAUUUUGGCCUGGAAUUCCAGACUUUGCAGCUGAACUGGGUUUGGCUGGAAUCAGUGAAGCCUAUUGUGAAACAAGUGAGAAGGCCCAUGAACACACUCUUCAGACUGUCAGUGAAGUUCUUUCCCCCAGACCCUGGCCAGCUGCAAGAGGAAUACACCAGGUACCUGUUUGCCCUGCAGGUGAAGAGAGACUUGACUGAGGGCAGGCUGACCUGCUCAGAGAACACUGCUGCCCUCAUAGCCUCUCACCUGGUGCAAUCGGAGAUUGGCGAUUAUGAUGACAUUGCAGACAGGGAGUACCUUAAGAUGAACAAGGUGGUGCCUAAGCAGGAGAAACUGCAGGAGAAGAUCAUGGACUUCCACCGCAGACACCUGGGUCAGACUCCUGCAGAGUCAGAUUUCCAGGUUCUGGAGAUUGCUCGCAAACUGGAGAUGUAUGGUGUUCGCUUCCACCCAGCAGCUGAUCGGGAGGGAACCAAGAUAAAUCUGAGUGUGUCUCACACGGGGCUGCAGGUCUUCCAGGGUAACACCAAAAUAAACACCUUCAACUGGUCCAGGAUUCGCAAGCUGAGCUUCAAGAGGAAGAGGUUCCUGAUCAAGCUCCACCCAGAGGUUCAUGGUCCCCACCAGGACAUUCUGGAGUUCCUCAUGGCGAGCCGGGACCAGUGCAAGGUGUUCUGGAAGAACUGCGUGGAGCACCACUCCUUCUUCCGCCUGUUGGACCAGCCACAGCCCAAAUCCAAAGCCAUUCUCUUCAGUAGGGGCUCCUCAUUCAGAUACAGCGGGAGAACGCAGAAACAGUUGGUGGAGUAUGUGAGGGACAGUGGGGCUCGGAGGAUACCCUACCAGAGAAGGAACAGCAAGGUCCAUAUGUCCUCUCGCUCCCUGGCUCCUGACAUGUCAAAACAGAAUCUGUCUCUCAGUGAGAGCCUCCGAGUCCCAGGCUCCCCCUCUUCAGCCACCGUCUCCUUCCACUCACUGCACGCCUCCAGCUCUCUCCCCAGGCCGGAGCCUCUGCACCAGCCUCCCCCACCGCAGCAGCCAGCUCGGCCACCCAGCCCCCAGAAGGAGGAGCCUGUCAAGGCCAUCCCCCAACCUCACUACGCCUUCCAAGAGACAUCUAUGGACAGUCCCCAGCUGUCUCCCUCGAGCUCGAAGAGCCCCCUCUGCCUCUCGCCCUCCUUCCAGAUGUCCACGCUGAGCCUGCCAGGCCAAGCCCCCUCGCCCCUGCACAGCCCUGCCCUCAGCGAGGUGGAGGAGGAAGAGGAGGGCAGGAGGAAGAGGUAUCCCACAGACAAGGCCUACUUCAUUGCCAAAGAGAUACUAACCACUGAGAGGACCUAUCUGAAAGACCUGGAGGUCAUCACAGUGUGGUUCCGCAGUGCUGUGAUUAAGGAGAACGCCAUGCCUGAGGCUUUGAUGACCCUGCUUUUCUCCAACAUCGACCCCAUCUACGAGUUCCACCGAGGGUUCCUCAAGGAGAUUGACCAGAGGCUGGCUCUCUGGGAGGGGCGCUCUAAUGCCCAUGUGAAGGGGGACUACCAGAGGAUCGGGGAUGUGAUGCUGAAGAACAUGUGUGCUCUGAAGGAGUUCACUGGCUACCUGCAGAAGCAUGAUGAGGUGCUGACGGAGCUGGAGAAGGCCUCCAAGAGGCUUAAGAAGCUGGAGGCAGUCUACAAGGAGUUUGAGCUGCAGAAGGUCUGCUACCUUCCCCUCAACACCUUCCUGCUUAAGCCCAUCCAGCGGCUCAUGCACUAUAAGUUGAUACUGGAACGGCUGUGCAAGCACUAUGCCUCUGAGCACCGAGACCGCAACGACUGCAAGGAAGCCUUGAAGGAGGUGGCAGAAAUGGCCGCCCAACUCCAGAGCAGCCUCAUCCGGCUGGAGAACUUCCAGAAGCUGACGGAGCUGCAGAGGGACCUGAUCGGCAUCGAGAACCUCACUGCUCCUGGCAGGGAGUUUAUUCGAGAGGGAUGUCUGUACAAGCUUACUAAGAAGGGGCUACAGCAGAGGAUGUUCUUCCUGUUCUCAGACAUGCUCCUGUACACCAGCAAAGGGGUGACAGCCACAAACCAGUUUAAAGUGCACGGGCAGCUGUCGCUGCAUGGCAUGAUUGUCGAGGAGAGUGAGAAUGACUGGUCCGUGCCCCACUGCUUCACCAUCUACUCAGCACAGAGGACCAUUGUGGUAGCGGCCAGCUCCAAAGCGGAGAUGGGAAAGUGGAUCCAGGACUUGAACAUGGCAAUUGAUAUGGCCAAAAAGUCGCAGGAAAAAUCUGAUGUCCUCCUGGACCCCAGCCUGUGUGAUCGAUCCAACAGGUCGUCUGAUGAGGUGUCCCUGGAGCAGGAGUCGGAGGAUGACAUGCACUCCUCCCGCAGCUCCCUGGACAAGCAGAUGCACCACCGUGCCAAUACCACCAUGCACGUGUGCUGGCAUCGCAAUACCAGUGUCUCCAUGUCUGACCACAGCCUGGCCGUGGAGAACCAGCUCUCGGGGUACCUCCUGAGGAAGUUCAAGAACAGCAAUGGCUGGCAGAAGCUGUGGGUGGUCUUCACUAACUUCUGCCUGUUCUUCUACAAGACACACCAGGAUGACUUCCCCUUGGCCAGCCUCCCACUGCUGGGAUACACGGUCAGCACCCCGGGCGAAUCGGACAGCAUCCACAAGGAGUAUGUCUUCAAACUGCAGUUCAAAUCCCACGUGUACUUCUUUCGGGCGGAGAGCGAGUACACCUUUGAGAGAUGGAUGGAGGUGAUCAAGAGUGCAGCCAGUGCCACAGGUCGGGUCAGCCUCCUCAAAGACCCCCUAGAGAUGAAUGGGAACUGAGCGCCUCCCUGGGCGGAGCUUCUGGAGCUAGGGGGCGGGGCCUCACAAACUCCUGAAAUUCUUUUUUGGUUAAUAUUAUCAUUGUUGUUAUUAUUAUUAUUAGUAGUAGUAGUAGUAGUAUUGAUAUUCUUAUUUUCUUAUUUUUCUGCUCCCAUUAGUGCUGGGGGUUAUUCACUAACAUUUACAAAGACUGCAGGAUUUCUCUUUCUCUGAGCUUGUUUGACCCACUUUUCAGCAGACAUUUGGAGUGUUUUUUACGGGUGGGGAUGAGAUUUUUGCUUACCAAACACCAUGCAAUGUGUUGUCAUCCCAUCUCCGCAUUGACGCAAGAUGAAGACAACGUCACACCAAAGACUUGCUUUGGCUGAGGCCAGAACCACUAAUUGGCCACAUACAAUAACUAACUGGUAUUUUAUCCAUCAAAGGAGCUUGAAGUAGUGGGGAAGGUACGAUGACAACCAAAUUUUCCUGGAAUUUUGCAGCAUGUAGUACCAAAUAAUCCUGCUUGACUUGGUUUACAUUUCUCAAGCUGUCGUUUUGCUGAAGAAAUUAGGUAAUGUGCAAAACAAGGACAGUCAACAUUAUUCACAUCCAUCAUAGCCUCAAGCGUAGUUGUGUGUGUGUGUGUCACACAGACCAGGUUGGCAUGAAAUAUAGCCCACCAGAGUGGUUUAAAACUAUGAACAUUUACCUAUACCAUUGUGAUAAUGCACCCUGUAGUAAAUAACUGUCUGUUGCUUGACAAUCUGAAAAGGGACCAUCUUUAUAAUCACUUUCAUACGAAGCAAGUAGCCACACAUUAAAUCGUAGAGGAGCUUUAUUUGCUCAGGGAAGGAGUGGGGUUGUUGACUGGGGCUCUAGUUUGCCAAAGGACUAAGUAAAGUGAUGCUUGUCCCAAAUAUCUCAUAGAACUGGUUGGGGGUACUUUUUUUAUGGGGGGUGGGCAUGUCUAGCUGGGCAUGUCUUGUCACAGCCAUAACACCACCAGGAAGAGUGUGUCUCAGCCUAGGGGAGUUUGGAAUGGUUAAUGUGUGUGAGAGCGGGGCCCUGAGUGGGUCCCACUCGAUGAACACCACCACUCAGAUGAAGAACUGGGCAGAAAGUGGGAGCGUGGCCUGCUAAAGGCUGACCUGGGACCAGGAGGAAGGUCUAGCUGCUUUUAGAAGGCUCUGCUCCCAGGCUCUCAGGCUCUGCUUUGAGAAGCAGCUCACUCGCUGUGAGAGGGCUCUGCUCUGUGUCUGAGAGCUGCAGAGACUCAGCACAGCCUUUGAUAGAUG